AUGCCCGUUGCUCCGAACAGUAAUUCGGCCCCUGCUGUGGCAACUCCCGCCUCCGCCCAUCGCUAUAAGAACAGUGCUGAGGAUUUAUUGCAUAGUACCGAACAGAGUCUCUGGGAGUUACUAAUGACUUUGUCCAUGAGGACGUUCGUCGCCGCUGCAGUCGGUAUACUUUCUGCAGCUACUUCUGCCAAUGCUAUCACGAACGGUGUUGGUAAACUGCCUGUGAUGGGUUACAAUGCUUGGAACGCCUUUGCGUGCAACGUCAAUGACACUCUCAUCAUACAGACUGCGAAAUACAUGAAGGAGUAUGGCCUCCUGGAUAUUGGCUAUAACCACGUCAAUCUUGACGAUUGCUGGGCUAUGAAGAAUCGUAGCUCUACUGGCGAGGUCAUGUCGGAUAGCAUCAGGUUUCCAAGCAUGAAAAAACUCACAGAUCAGCUCCAUGCUCUUGGUUUCCACGCAGGCAUUUAUUCCGACUCUGGCUGGUUUACCUGCGCUGGAUAUCCUGGCUCCUUCAUGCAUGAGGAACAAGACGCAAUGACCUUUCAAUCCUGGGGUUUCGACUUCCUCAAAUAUGAUAACUGCGCCAUUCCAUUCGAUGAUAUCAUCCGAGAGGGCAUGGUCGGAAAGUACCAGCGCAUGGCAGACGCUCUCGCUGCGGUAGCGAAGAAGACUGGCACUACCCUAAUAUUCAGUCUGUGUGAGUGGGGCUGGAGUCAUGUUUGGUUGUGGGGUGCCCAAAUUUCUCACAGUUGGAGAAUUGAUAAUGACAUUGCGCCUCAAUGGAACUCGCUUUCUAGUAUCAUCAACUCCGUGUCGUUCAUUACUCAAGCUACUGACCACUAUGGGCGCAAUGAUCUCGACAUGCUCGAAAUAGGCAAUGGAGACCUCACGUACGACGAAGCAAAAACCCACUUUACUGUGUGGGCUCUUGUUAAGGCCCCCCUGCUCAUUGGCACCAACCUUGCCACCAUAAGCCAGGAAAUGCUCAGUAUCCUGAAGAAUCAAGAAAUCAUCGCAGUUAACCAGGACCCCAUCUAUGGCACUAGCAUCUCGCCCUUCCGCUGGGGCAACAAUCCUGACUGGACCUACGAUGCAACACACCCUGCUCAAUACUGGAGUGGUCCCAGUGAGAAAGGAACGGUUUUCAUGCUUAUUAACACUUUGGACGAACCGGCUAACCUGUCUUUCAACCUCACCGAGUCUCCUUGGAUUCGCGCCGGCAUCCAGUAUUCCGUCCGGGAUUUGUGGACGCACACGAACAAUGGCACCGCUGUGCGUAGCUUCACGGCCAUGAAUGUCCCCGCGCAUGGUGUAGUGGCGCUAUUGCUCAAUGAGGAUGGGAAUGAACCCGCUGGGUUGGUGCCACCCUGUGCUGGCGAGGCUCUUUCACAAUGCACUGCUCAGGAUGGGACGAAAUACUCAUGAGCCGCGUCUAGUCUUACCUCUGACUCAGGAAGUAGCCGCAAUGAAUAUUUAUUCGUUUUAUCGUUGCGGUCUGUUGUCGAUACAGUAUCACAGUCACUUUGGUUUGGUUAACUCAGCGUGUCUACAUAUAUUUCUCGACUUGAAAAUUCAACGAAAAAUUCGAAGGAUCGAACCACGCGGAUUUGCUAGAGUUGUUGGCUGAUAUGUCGGU